CCCUGAUCCUGCGCUUGGACCCGGGGUGAGUCAGCGGACUGGUCCUGUGGGCGGGUCCUGGCCCCGUCUUAUAGGCGGGUCCUGCACCCGUUCAGUAGGCGGGUCCGGUAGGCGGGUCGGGCGCGGCUCGGUGAGACAUGACUGUGGAACUUGUUCUCUUCUGCUCUUCUGAAGUCUGACAGUAAAACGGAAAUACUGCAUUCCGUUCUUCAGCGUCCUUGGAGCCGGUCGUCUUCUCUUCUCACCGCAGAACCCGACACCAAGAUGUUUCUUGCUAAGCGUCUCAUUUCAGGGAUCAUUGAUGUUGUAAGCAACAUUGAUCCUGAGCAGUUCGUGCCCUCAGACCCUCCCCCCCCCAGGAGGCCGUUGGCGUACGCUGAAGCCCACGAGAGCGAUGAGGAGAAACAGUUCAGGAAGGUCUUCAGGCAGCUGGCCGGAGAGGACAUGGAGGUCAGUCCCAAAGAGCUGAUGGACAUCCUCAACAGAAUCAUGUCCAGAAACUCGGAGCUGAAGACGGACGGCUUCAGCAUCGAGUCGUGCCGCAGCAUGGUUGCCGUCAUGGACAGCGACAGCACAGGGAAACUGGGCUUCCAUGAGUUCAAAUACCUGUGGAACAACAUCAAGAAGUGGCAGGGCUCCUAUAAGCGGUUCGAUGCUGACGGUUCAGGUGUGAUCUCCUCCAAGGAGCUCCCGGCAGCGUUCAAGGCUGCAGGGUUCCCUCUUAACGAGCAGCUCUUCAAUCUGAUCGUGCGUCGCUAUAGCGACGAACAUGGCAACAUGGACUUUGAUAAUUAUGUCGGCUGCUUGGUCCGCCUGGACGCCAUGUGCCGAGCUUUUAAAACGCUGGACAAGGAUAGCAACGGCACCAUCUCCCUUGAUGUCAAAGAGUGGCUCCAGUUGACCAUGUAUUCUUGAAGAAGAGGAGGAGCUGGAAAAGUCUUCAAAUAUCUCCUUAAGAAUCCCCCCUCUCUCCCCCUCCCUCCUCUCUCCUCCCUUCCUCUCACCCAUCCCCCCACCCAUCCCCCCAGGCUUUAGUAUAUAGUUUAGACAAGUUGUUUACAGGAAUACAUUGGCUUGUUCUCUUUAGCGUUGUGUCGUAGCACAGAGGAGCAUGCGCAGACUGGUGCUUAUAUAUAAUUUGACCACUUGGUGUCGCUGUUGCACAGCUGACGGCCCCCACCUCGCUUCUUCGCCAUCAUUCCAGAUAAAAAAAUUAAGAUGAUCAUUGUGUCCCUUGUCCUAAUCUCUUAAUAAAGUCCACACUACAUUAUG